CAUGUUUCCUGGGCGAUCAAUCGCUCGAGAAUCCACCUCUUUGUCUCCGACAUACCUUAUUUAAUCUCGCCCGUCUCGAGCAUCCACCGUCAGAAUGCAUAGACCGUACCUCCAUUAUUCCCCGUCCAAGACCAAGCAAGGUCAACCGAAGGCUUCCCCCACCGGCCCUUCCUACAUGAAUGACAAUCAGAUCGCAACCUACCUGAAAGACCUGCGGACAAAUCGUCCAUCUCGUCCGGGCGGAUCUCGACCCUUACAUUCAAAUACCCCCUCCGACCCACGGGAUAGUCUUCCCCCGCGUGCGGCGUCGGCCAUGUCCACCUACGGCCACCGGAGACCGCCGUCAAUCACCCCGGUGGCUGAGCGGGAUCGCUCCCGAGCCACCAGCGCCCUGUCGAACCACCGUCCCUUAUCGCCCGGCGACUCCAUCGGGAGUUCGGCGGGACGGCCGCUGGUACAGGAACCACGAACGGUUCCCAUCCGGAAGACCGUCUCCCCGUCCCCCGUCGUCCCCCACCAGAGCCCCCCUUCGCCGAACACGGGUUAUCGGGAGAGUAAUCAGCGCCGGCUGGAGAAGGAAGAAGCCCGAUCGCUGCGGGAUGCCCUGCAGGGGGUGGAUCUCAACAGUGAUGACGUCCGAAUCCACGAUGCCGCCCAGGACGAGGCCACGGAGCUGGUGUGGAUGCACCAAAACCCCGGCGUGGCCUACAAGAAUCCAAAUGCACCGUACCGGAAUCCCGACCUGCAGAGUCCGGGCCACGACGAGGCUGAGAAGAGUCGAGUGGCGCACACCCAAAGUCUGAGGUCCCCGUUUGCGCGCCGCAACAGCCGCCGUCCCGUCUCGGAGAUCUUCUCCCGCAGCACUGGCACUAGCGGUGAGCACCAGACCGCCUCGGACGAUGUCCACGGCGCCAAGAGAAACUCGACCUUCCGGAGAAGCUUGAGGGUCAACUUUGCGCUGCCUGGAGAAGAAGACCCGUCCACCAUGUCCGAUCGCCGUCAAGGUCUGGGGCUCUCAGGCGUCAGCCACGAUUCGCCCAAAGGCGUCUUUCGGAACCCCACAGACCAGAUCUACGAGGAGCCAGCCCUGUCUCGUCAGCGAGACGAGGACGAGCGUCCCGACUUCUCCAAGUCUGACUCGUCGGCGCUCCGAAACAAACCGCGCAAUGCUCUGCCGCGCGGGGCUCGGCCAUUCCCCGGCCGUCUCGGCAGCCUCCCGUUCGCGGACAAGCUGUCCCGCUUCGAGAUCCAUAAGAAUCCCCCAAGCCAGUCGCGGAAUGCAGGGUACAAGACGAAUGACCAGCCGGCGCAGAAGUCUCCAGCGGAAGAGGAGCGAACGCAGCCCGUCCCCACCGAAGAUGAGCGGGAAAUCCGCAGUGAUGACAUCCGGGCGGCGACGAGCAAGAAGCUGAAAGACCGCAGCGCCAAGCUGCCGAUGCCCACCGCGGUGAGCGAUCGGACGGGCCGUCCCAUCGUCAGCUUCGACCGAUCGUGGAAACCCACUGAGGCGGAGACUCCCCGCAAACGAGACAGCGGAGAGAGACGAGACGCGGCCUCUCCGACCCCGCCACCGGCGCCCUCCGCCCCGGCCAUUCAGGUUUCCGAAGCGCCCUCCAUCCCCGUCAUCAACCUGCCGGAUGACAAGGAGCCCACGAUCUCGGAGAUCGACAGCUCUCAGAACAAACGGAAUAACGCACCGAACAGGCCCGCCGCUAGAGGUGUCCCGAACAAAGACGCUCCCCCGAGGAAAGCAAUCCCCACAUCGCAAGGUCGCUGGCUAUCCACGUACAGCCGAUCGGGCGUUCCCACCGCCUCGUGCGAGAGCUGUACGCUACCGAUCGCCGGAAAGAUUGUCACUGCCGCAGGCUCUCGCUUCCAUCCCGAGUGUUUCUCGUGCGAUCACUGCCAAACCCCUCUCGAAUGCGUCGCUUUCUACCAGGAGCCCGAGGCGAAGCGACAAGAGCGGCUUGCCGCAGAACCAGCCGACAGUGAACAUCACCAAUUGCGAUUCUACUGCCACCUGGACUUCCACGAACUGUUCAGCCCCCGGUGCAAGAGCUGCAAGACCCCCAUCGAAGGCGAAGUGGUCGUGGCAUGCGGAGCCGAAUGGCAUGUAGGCCACUUCUUCUGCGCAGAAUGUGGUGACCCAUUCGACCAAGACACCCCCUUCGUAGAGAAAGACGGCUUUGCCUGGUGCCUGCAGUGCCAUUCCCGACGGACCGCCCCUCGCUGCCUAGCAUGCAAGAAGCCCGUGCUCGAGGACGUCGUGAUCUCCGCCGUUGGCGGCCAAUGGCACGACAGCUGCUUCAACUGCCACGAAUGCGGGGACGGCUUCGGGCCCGAGGGACGGUAUUUUGUGCGCGAAGGCGAACCCCGACGAACAGCCAAGGGGCGCAUCAUCGGGGGGCCUGUCCAGCUGGCGAUCUGCGAGAGAUGCGAAGGUAUCCGAUUGAAGGCGUCGCCUCGUAGUUGAACAGAUAGAUGUACAUGUCUGUAUGGGGAUUGGUAUCUCUAUGAUCUUCUUCUCUUUGGCAUAUUUGUUGGUAUGAGUUACGGCCGGUGACCGGCCAUUCUUGCAUAGCUCGAGCGGGAGUUUCGUCUGUUAGCAAGUGAUAUUGCAUUGUUUUAUUUCGG